CAGCCAAUUAGAGUAAAGAAAGAAUUUUAAGAAAAGGGAAAAAGAGAAAAGAAAAAAAAAGAAAAAAAGAAAGGGGAGCAAAUACUACCAUCUCUAAUUUCUCUUUCUACAUUCACUCUUCCGAUCCAGGGGAAGAGAAAAGGCCAUUUUCGCCCAAAUUUCUAGCUAUUCAAUUUUGCAGAGAAAUUUUUUUGAAAUUUGUUUCUGUUCUUGCAGAUAUUUAUUGAUUCUUUCAAUUCCGAAUCUAUCAUAAUUCCAUUGAUUCGUUUGAUUUGGUUAGUGAAUAUCCUGAGACAUAAAUUUUUUCGGAGCUAAUUUAGAGGUGUAUUUAUUAGAUUAGAGGAGAAAGAUACGGCAAUAUAGCCCUAGCUGGAAAUUUAUAUUUAGGGUUUUCUGAGGCGGAGGGAGAGUUUUGGAACCCAAUGCAUUGGGUCAGACUGAUUCAGGAUAAUCAGGCCGAUAUUUGAUUGGAAUGUGGAGGGCCUAUGAUUUUGUAUAUUGUGAUAAAUUAUUGAGGAAUCAGGAGAAGGUGAAUCGAUAUAGAGAUAGAGCUGCCGCCGGUGGUGGUGGUGUUCCUCCGUAUUUGGUUCAUUUGGAAGUAGAGGUUGGGGUAAAGAAAAACCGGUCGGUGGAGGGAGAGGAGGAGCCGGAGGCGGCGGUGGCACCGGGGGUCGCUGAGGAGGUGGAGGAGGGGCAGGGAGGAAGAUGCAGCUGCACUUCUCACCUAGCAUGAGAAGUAUAACGAUAUCGAGCAGCGGCAACGGCACUAGCAAUGGCGGAUUUGGUGGUGGUGGCGCUGAUUUGAUGAAGAUCAAGGUCGCACCUCGCCACAUCUCCUACCGGACUCUCUUCCACACCAUCCUCAUCUUAGCUUUCUUGUUGCCUUUCGUAUUCAUUUUAACUGCUCUUGUUACCCUCGAAGGUGUCAACAAGUGCUCCUCAAUCGAUUGUCUAGGACGACGGUUGGGGCCAAAGCUUCUUGGAAGAGAUGAUUCUGGGAGGCUGGUGAAGGACUUUGUUAAAAUCCUUAAUCAAGUGAAUGCCGAAGAAGUCCCUGACCGACUGAAACUUCCAGACUCCUUUCAUCAACUUGUGUCUGAAAUGAAAAAUAACAAAUAUAACGCGAAAGAGUUUGCUUUUAUCUUGAAGGGAAUGAUGGAGAAACUGGAAAAGGAUAUUAAGGCGUCGAAGUUUGCUGAGCUGACAAACAAACAUUUUGCUGCUAGUUCCAUUCCAAAAGGCAUUCAUUGCUUUGCUUUGAGGUUGACUGAUGAAUACUCCUCAAAUGCUUUAGCUCGCAGACAGUUGCCAUCCCCUGAAUUACUUCCGUUGCUUUCGGAUAACUCGUACCAUCAUUUUGUAGUGUCAACGGAUAACAUUCUAGCUGCUGCAGUUGUGGUUAAUUCUACUAUCCAGUCUUCUUCAAAGCCAGAGAAAAUUGUUUUCCAUGUCAUAACAGACAAGAAAACAUAUGCAGGCAUGCACUCCUGGUUUGCAUUGCAUUCAGUGUCUCCUGCUAUUAUUGAAGUGAAAGGUGUUCAUCAAUUUGACUGGUUAACGAGAGAGAAUGUUCCAGUGCUUGAAGCAGUGGAGAACCAUAAUGUGAUUCGUAAAUAUUAUCAUGGAAACCAUGUUGCCGGGGCUAAUUAUACUGAUACCACUCCUAGAACUUUUGCAUCAAAAUUACAGGCCAGGAGUCCAAAGUAUAUCUCCUUACUCAACCAUAUUCGAAUAUAUUUACCAGAGCUUUUCCCAAACCUGAACAAGGUCGUGUUCUUAGAUGAUGAUGUUGUCAUUCAGCGUGAUUUGUCACCCCUCUGGGAUAUUGACCUGGAUGGAAAAGUGAAUGGAGCUGUAGAAACCUGUAAAGGUGAAGACGAGUGGGUGAUGUCUAAGCGGUUCAAGAAUUACUUCAAUUUUUCUCAUCCUCUUAUAGCAAAGAAUUUGAACCCUGACGAUUGUGCCUGGGCUUAUGGGAUGAACAUUUUUGACUUACAUGCAUGGAGACAGACGCAUAUAAGAGACACAUAUCAUGCAUGGCUUAAAGAGGUAUUUGCUCAUUUUCUUUGACUCUGAAUUCUUUACAUUUAUUCUAUGUGUCUUCUUUUUGGGUUGGGGACUUUAGUAGCUUUAAGGUGUCAAGGUUAAAAUUUUUAAAUUAGGUAAAGAUGACAUUUUUACAUUUCAAACAAUUUUAGUGCAUGGGUGAGUUCAGAAGUUUAUUUAGUUCUUCGUGUUUGUCGUUUUUGUUGCCAGUUCUCUCACUGUCUUCAUUUCAUCUUAUUGUGUUGUCAUGAAUACUUUUUGUUUGAUUAGUUUAAUUAGGCUUUAAACUCUGUCGAUUACUUGUGUCCAAGAACGCCAUGGUUAUUAUCUAACCACAUGAUAUCUAUCUUUUGAUUAUGUAUAUUUGUUAAUGGAGGUCUGUGCUUUUGCGAAUGAGUUUAUGCUUCUUUGCACUUGGGAUUCUGUUGCUGUUUCAGUUGAAAAAGCUAUGGCCAUUUAGUUAGUUGUAUUUCGCUAUCUAAUAACAUGAUAUCCCUCUCUUGAUUAUGCUAAUUUGUUAAUGAAGGCCUGUGCUUCCGCAAAUGAGUUUAUAACUCUCUGUCCGCAUAGAAUUCUGUUGUUCUUUUUCGGUUAAAAGCUAUGGUAAUUUAAUUAGUUGCAUUUUACUAAGUGCCUGAGAUGUUCUUACUAUUGUCUUCCAUUUAAGGUAGACCUGCGUGCAGAAAUCAUGUUUGUAAAAUGUCUUUUUGAAUCAUGUUAUGACAAAGAAGAUUCCUCUAUCAACUUGCUUGAUUGUAGUGAGUGAUUUGGUGCUUGAACUUUUUUUCAUGGGCUAUUUGGUUAUCCUCAGAAUCUGAAGUCCAACCUGACUCUGUGGAAGCUUGGUACAUUACCUCCUGCUUUAAUUGCAUUCAAGGGUCACGUCCACCCGAUUGACCCCUUUUGGCACAUGCUUGGUUUGGGCUAUCAGAACAAGACCAACAUUGAAAACGUGAAAAAUGCUGCCGUGAUUCACUACAAUGGCCAAGCAAAGCCUUGGCUGGAAAUAGGCUUUGAGCAUCUUCGACCAUUUUGGACUAAAUAUUUGAAUUACUCCAAUGAAUUUAUUAGGAAUUGCCAUAUACUGGAGUAGAGAUUUGUUGACACAAUAUGCGCAAUGCAAAUCACGGGACAGAAGAUGGGAGCAAAAUAGAUUUUCUAAUGAUCACUGCCCAACUUAUCGAAAUUUGAGGUUUGAUUUUGAGAGAGAAAAAUUGAGUUGGCCAAUUUGAUCAUACCACCAAAACCUGGAUUAAGAUGCUGUCCUGCCUCUUCCCAACAAAGAUAAGCGCCAAUAGCAUGGGUUUGAGAUUCAUUCUUUCAAUCUGUAUAAUACGUCUUCUAUUAUUUUUGGUUGCACAAAGGAUAUUAUUUUUGACCUCCUUGAUAGAUCUUACCUGUGUCUAAUUACUACAACGGAAAUAAUGGGGUGAUGAAAGGGCAUGGAUGGAACUGUGGGCUAUAUUGGCCAUUGCCUUGGUUGUACAAAUUGACGGAAAUGGAGCAAGGGAUGCGAGCUUUUAUAUGGUUCCAGUUUCGCCCAUUAGGCUUAGACAUUAUUUUUCUUUUCCUACUUUUCAUUUAGUUGUUCAAUUUUUUUUCUAUUCAGAACUUUGUUGCCAUUCACUUAUUCUUUCCCCUUAUUAUGAUUGUUUAUCAUCGUGAUAACUAUAGAUGUUAGAUUAUUUUGAGCAUCGCUGAGACAGAGAGUUUCCCUUGAGUUAGGGAUGAUCGUAGGCGAUAUGUUGGUCCUUUCUUUGUAUGAUUGAUGAGGAAUGGUUGAAAUAUGCAGAUAUUUCGUUUCACACUUGACGUCUGGUCUUUUUUAUUCUGGCAUUUGAAUUUAGUGUGUUCGCGACAUUGCAUUUAGUACUCUCCUGCAGAUUUGAUUUGAUUCUUUGCCGUUUGAGAGUGACCAAAUCUUAGGAAUUCCAUGCUUUCAACUCAAACUCAUGCUUGGGCGUUAAGUGAUACUUGGGUCAGUAGGAUUAUUCUUCUGGUUUGAGACAAGAAAGGCCCCUCAAAACAGAUGAUGAAUCUGAAUCUUUUACUUCAGAAAGUGAAGAGUCUUGCCUAUGUGUGAUACGUCACAUGUUGGAAGCAUCUUGUUAGGCC